AUGAUAAGAGGCUUUUAUGCGUUAUUAACUUUGUGCUUGAUCUCAAUGAUGGACGAACUGACUUCACUGCCUCAUCCUAAGCCGAUUGUUAAUGGGCGCUUUGCGAGAAACAAUAAAUUUCCGUUUGCGGUUGCAUUCAGCAUGAAAGCAGAUUUAAAGGGAGAAUUUAAAUAUUUUUGUGGUGGUACACUCAUUGCCCAAAGCUCAAAAUAUUCAUGGGCCAUUAGUGCAGCACAUUGUUUUGUCGAUUUGAAAAAUCGUUCGCUUUACGCUAACAUUGGAGGCGGUGAUUUGGCGAAUGAUGAAGCCACAUGGUGGAAAGUUGGAAAAGUCAUCCAAGCUGAAUUUAAUGUCUUCUCAUUUCAUAACGAUAUCGCAAUUGUAAGAAUAGAAAUUGGACAUCAACAAGUGAUUCGAACUGCUAAAGAAAUGCCAUUGAACAAUACUGAAUGCUUAAUUUAUGGUUAUGGAAGUUCCAACUACCGUGGAAAUUCCUCCUUCUCCUCGACUCUACGGUAUGGAAGAGUAAGCUUGAUAAGUCACGAAGAAUGUGAGAAGAUUCUCGGUCGUGUGAUCGCACCAACUCAAGGCAUCGGCCAAUUUUGUGCUUUGGGGAAAAAUGGAGUUGACGCUUGUAACGGAGACAGUGGUUCAGGUUUAAUUUGUCAUGGAAGGAAAGGUCGCUUCGAGUUAGUUGGUGUAACAAGCUACGGCAUGGGAUGCGGAGAAGGAUCUGCGGGUGUUUAUGAAAGCGUUAUUCAUCAUCAAAAUUGGAUCGAUUCAGUUUUUCGAUAA